GGGCCUCAUUUCCAUUUUAGGAGGAAACCCGGAUCGCCGGCGGGGGGCGCGGCUUCAAUUUCAAUAACUUUAUUGGUGGGCUAGUCUCCAGCUCCUGCAUCGCGCCCGCGGCUCCGGGAGGAGCAAGCUCGGCGUCGGAGGUGGCCCCCGACUCCGGCUGCAGCCAUGGGAAACACCACCAGCGAGCGGGUGUCCGGGGAGCGCCACGGCGCCAAGGCGGCGCGCUCGGAGGGGGCGGGCGGCCCGGCCCCGGGCAAGGAGCACAAGAUCAUGGUGGGGAGCACCGACGACCCCAGCGUCUUCAGCCUGCCGGACUCUAAGCUACCUGGGGACAAAGACUUUGUAUCAUGGCAGCAGGAUUUGGAUGACUCCAUAAAGCCCACACAGCAGGCCCGGCCCACUGUUAUCCGCUGGUCUGAAGGAGGCAAGGAAGUCUUCAUCUCUGGGUCCUUCAACAAUUGGAGCACCAAGAUUCCACUGAUUAAAAGCCAUAAUGAUUUUGUUGCCAUCCUGGACCUUCCUGAGGGAGAGCAUCAAUACAAAUUCUUUGUGGAUGGACAAUGGGUUCAUGAUCCCUCAGAGCCUGUGGUUACCAGUCAGCUCGGCACAAUUAACAACUUGAUCCAUGUCAAGAAAUCUGAUUUUGAAGUAUUUGAUGCUUUAAAGCUAGACUCUAUGGAAAGCUCUGAGACAUCGUGUCGAGACCUUUCCAGCUCACCUCCAGGGCCUUAUGGUCAAGAAAUGUAUGUCUUUCGAUCUGAGGAGAGAUUCAAAUCUCCACCUAUUCUUCCUCCUCACCUACUUCAAGUUAUUCUUAAUAAGGACACUAAUAUUUCUUGUGACCCAGCCUUACUCCCUGAGCCCAACCAUGUUAUGUUAAACCACCUCUAUGCAUUGUCCAUUAAGAUAAAGAAACUAAGGCUCAGAGAAGGUCAGAUUGCCAGAUAGUGUGAUGGUCCUUAGUGCCACCCACCGCUACAAGAAGAAAUACGUCACUACGCUGCUGUACAAGCCCAUCUGAAGGCAUCCUUCCUGCCUUGAGGAUUCAGGAGAAGCCCCUUCCUUGCCUGUGAACUGAACCAGUCUUCUCUGAGACUGGAAGGCUGAUUUGCUUUGAGGCUGAUUGAUGUGUGUGUUUCAGAGCCUCUGAGUAGGAUGCUCUGCUUUUGCAUUUGAUUGCAGAGAAGAGAUUUAUGAGUUCAUGGAAUUUAUUUUAAGAAAAAAAUAUAUAUGAGAGGAAGGUUAUAUAUAUAUGUGUGAGAGGAAGGUUACUGGAAGCCUCUAGCCCCAGCUAGAUGUAUUAUUUCUGCCUGUGGGUACUCACUACGACCUGUUUAGGGGACCUGAGGGAAUAAUUAACCACAGGAAGCAUUCUUUCUUAAAAUGAAAGAAUAGCAACUCUUAGAAUCCUUGUUGAGUGGCGAUUCUGCCACCACUGCCUUGGCUAUCCAAGGGAUGCACUGGGGCUGGACUGCCGCCCUACUUAGAGCUACGUCGCUGCAGGGGUGACUUUUCUUGCAUGGGCUCUCUGUCUUCCCACAGUAUGUGACAUGGCCUGUGUUUUUUAUUUGCUACAACUUGCCCCUAAAGAACCCGUUUUUCCCUCUCAUUUAUUCUUUUAAUAACCUUCAAAUUCUGCACCUGACCCCUCUAAUGCAAAACUCACUGGGUAAGUAACCCCUUUGAAAAGCUGUGUGAGGUCUGACUGACACACACUAAAACUAGGGAUGCCAGAAGGGUUAGCCUGUUACAGGUUUGGGCCACUGUGUUCCUGCUGGAAUGAAAUAGGACUCAGCGUUAUAAGACAGAAGAUGUAGUUUUAAUUUGGAGCUACAGCUUCAGCAGUGUAGCACAUUCCUGUAGGUUUUUGAACCCAGCCUGGCCCUGCUUCUACCUUCUCAGAGCAACUGCUCUGUAGGUAGACUUGGAAUCAAGCAAAACUGUGUCUUUCAUCGUUGGCAGAUUUUUGUGAGCCUGCAUUUUUCCUUUAAUUUAAAAAAAUGCCUUUCAUUGGUCUUAAGAGGCUCUAUCGAAGAAUUUCGUGUUUUUAAAAAAUGGUGAUUUUCCUUUCUAAAGAAAUCUACAACUUUACAUUAAUAUAGCCAGCCUUGCAUGCAGCAUUACACUAGUACUGCUGUAGAGAUUGGUCCAUUUAAGCUCACUUGGUGCACACAGUGGAUUCCCUUAACACAGAUGUAUAAAGCCACAACCCAGGAAACUUAUCUCUGGCAUUCCUAACCAUGAAAAGUGUUAUUCUUUAUACCAAAUGUUAACAAGAUCCUUUUUUUCUUUAAAAAAAAAUAUGUUUGAUGAUGAAGAGAAUCACUGAUACCUGCUUAUGGACUGAAAAGUAUUCAAUCUACCCUUGAGGUUUAGAGGUAGAGCAUUUCCCCCAAGUAUCGUGCCCUCUCCAUUUGACAGAUAAAGUCAGACAUUCCUUAUUUAAGGAAACCCAAGUGUUGGAUAGUUGAGAUAGCCCUUGACUGCUGCCGUGAGCCCAGCCACACUGAAAGAGCACCCACAGGUUAGUGUAGCUUUCUUCUGACUACUUUUCCCAAGCAGAGAUGACAACACAGUUGUCUUUGAGUCUGUUGACCUCUUUGAUCCCAGGUAUGGAGCAGUAAAGUGGCAGUGUUGUUUGUAGGGAAAGCAUUAGUGCUUUGGUACUUGUUAAUUGUUGAAAG